GAGGCAGCCUGGAAAGGAUAGAAGAGGAGGGAAGUGGGAGGCCGAGCUAGGGCUUUCGUCCCGCCCCUUCCUCCGUCUAUCUCCCCUCCCCUUGUCGUCUCCUCCGCCGCUUACACUGACCCAGGAUCAUACAUCAUCUGUCAGUCAUCUUGUAUCAGUAAGUGGGAAUAGCAAAAAAAUUAUGGCUUUGAAACAGAUUUCGAGCAACAAGUGCUUUGAAGGAUUUCAGAAAGUAUAUGAGCAUGACAGUGUAGAGCUUAAAUGCAAAAUGAAAUUUGGAAUCUACUUACCACCAAAGGCAGAAACUGGAAAAUGUCCUGUACUUUACUGGCUGUCUGGUUUAACUUGCACAGAACAAAAUUUUAUCACAAAAGCUGGUUAUCACCAAGCUGCAGCAGAACAUGGCCUCAUUGUGGUUGCACCAGACACCAGUCCACGUGGUUGCAAUAUUAAAGGAGAAGAUGAUAGCUGGGAUUUUGGUACUGGUGCUGGUUUUUAUGUAAAUGCCACUGAAGAACCUUGGAAAACCAACUAUAGGAUGUACUCUUAUAUAACAGAUGAGCUGCCCAAGCUGAUAAAUGCCAAUUUUCCAGCUGACCCUGAGAAGAUAUCUAUUUUUGGACAUUCUAUGGGAGGCCAUGGAGCUCUGAUUUGUACUUUGAAGAAUCCUGGAAAAUACAAAUCUGUGUCAGCAUUCUCUCCAAUCUGCAAUCCAAUUCUCUGUCCUUGGGGUAAAAAGGCCUUCAGUGGAUAUUUAGGAUCAGAUAAAAGUAAGUGGGAGGCAUAUGAUGCUACUCAUCUUGUGAAGUCUUAUCCAGAUUCUAAGUUGGACAUAUUAAUUGAUCAAGGAAAGGAUGACCAAUUCCUUAAAGAUGGGCAGUUACUUCCUGACAACUUUAUAGCUGCCUGUGCAGAACGGAAAAUUCCAGUUGUUUUUAGAUUGCAAGAGGGAUAUGAUCAUAACUACUACUUCAUUGCAACUUUUGUUAAUGAUCACAUCAGACAUCAUGCAAAAUACUUGAACGCAUAAAGCUUCCUAUACAAGUUAAUUUCACAAUAUAAAUGUUACCAUGUAAACUAAACUUUUGAAAAGAUAGAAUUAUACAUGAAAAAUUACUGCUUGUGAACAUUACUUCUAAUUUUCAUCUUAAGUUCUAAGGCUAAGCAUAUUCUGAAUAAAUUUAUACAAUCAAGCAGUCUGAUUCCUUUUUGUUUCCCCUAAGUACCCUGAGAGAAGACAUGUCAUAACCUGAGGACAUUUUGAAAUCCUUGUAAAAUCAAGUUUAAAGAAUCACAGAAUAUGUAAAUGACCACAGUUGACUGUAAAGAAAACAGUGAUUCAGAUGUUCUUGGGGACUUAAAGUUGUUGGGUUUUGGGUGUAUCAGUUCUUAGAGAACUAAAUUAUGAAAUUUUAUCUCAGUAACUGAAUAAAGAGACAGUCUAUUGAC